CCAGGAGGAGCACAGCUGUGGCUGGUUGCAAGGCCAAGAGCGCUGUCAAGAAGGAAGGCCACACCCCCUCCUCCAGCAGUGGCUAGACAGCUGCAGCUCCUGCCGGACAAACGGCCAGUCACAAGGCUCCUCUGAGAACUUCAGGAUGCAGCUGUCUCCAGUCUUUGCCUGCCUGGCACUGGGCCUGGCCCUCCUCUUUGUUGAAGGGUCCACCCUGCACCGGCAUGAGUACCAGGCCGCCCAUCUGGCCACAGACUUCGGAGUGAAGGUGUUUCAGCAGGUGGCCCGGGCCUCCAAGGACCGCAAUGUGGUUUUCUCGCCCUACGGGGUGGCCUCAGUGCUGGCCAUGCUGCAGGCAACCACUGGAGGAGAGACCCAGAAGCAGAUUCAAGCAGCGAUGGGAUUCAACAUUAAUGAGAAGGGCAUGGCCCUGGCCCUCCGCCAGCUGUACAAGGAGCUCAUAGGACCAUGGAACAAGGAUGAGAUCAGCAGCACAGACGCCAUCUUUGUCCAGCGGGAUGUGAAGCUGGUCCAGGGCUUCAUGCCCCACUUCUUCAGGCUGUUCCGGAGCACAGUCAAGCAGGUGGACUUCUCAGAGGUGGACAGAGCCAGACUCAUCAUCAAUGACUGGGUGAAGAGACACACAAAAGGUAUGAUUGGUGACUUACUUGGCAAGGAGGCUGUGGACCAGCUGACACGUCUGGUGCUGGUGAACGCCCUCUACUUCAAUGGCCAGUGGAAGACGCCCUUCCCAGAGUUGGCCACCCACCGCCGCCUCUUCCACAAGUCUGAUGGCAGCACUGUCUUCGUGCCCAUGAUGUCUCAGACCAACAAGUUUAACUACACUGAGUUCACCACCCCUGAUGGCCACUACUAUGACAUCUUGGAAUUGCCCUACCAUGGGGAGACCCUCAGCAUGUUCAUCGCAGCUCCCUAUGAGAAAGAUGUGCCCCUUUCUGCCCUCACCAAUAUUCUGGAUGCUGAGCUCAUCAGCCAGUGGAAAGGCAACAUGACCAGGCUGCCCCGCCUCCUAGUUCUGCCCAAGUUCUCCCUGGAAACUGAAGUUGACCUCAGGAAGCCCCUGGAGAACUUGGGGAUGACUGACAUGUUCAGCCCCGUCCAGGCGGACUUCACGAGUCUCUCAGUCCAAGAGCUUCUCUAUGUAUCACAAGCGCUGCAAAAAGUCAAGAUCGAGGUGAACGAGAGUGGCACGGUAGCAUCCUCCUCCACGGCCAUCCUGGUCUCAGCCCGCAUGGCACCUGAGGAGAUUGUCAUGGACCGACCCUUCCUCUUUGUGGUUCGACACAACCCCACAGGGGCAGUGCUUUUCAUGGGCCAAGUGAUGGAGCCCUAACCAGAGGAAAAGAAGCUCUCAUCAGGGACCAAAACUGGAGAUGUGUCAUGAAGGGAAGAAGCAAACUCCGGAGAAAGGAAUUUUUGUUGUGAUGACUCUUUCUGGGGAGAGAGAAGGCAUUUGUAUCUUUUUCCCCAAUGGUAAAUUCUUUCCAGUCGACUCUAUGACCUCAGCCUCUUUCGGAGGUGGGAGGAUCUUGCAGGGUAACUGCCCAGCUAGAGAGCCCACCGUGAGAGACCCCUGAACACAAAGGUCUCCAAGCCAGACCGGAAAACCUGCGGAAGGAAUGGCGGGCACAGCUGCCUCUGCCCAUCUCCCUGCCUGCUCGGCCUUUGGACCUGCUUCCCACGGAGGC